AAGUAAAUAUCGGUUUGAAAUUUUAUAAAUUCAGUUACGAAAUAAUUUCAUUAGAAAAAAAAAUACUGCCUGUGAAAAAAAAAAUUGAGGAUUACUAAAGAUAGAAAAAAAUGGCUGUCUCAGGAAAGAAAGCAUCAGGACAAAUUACAUCAUCUUGUUGCAAACAUCAGAAAGAAAUGAUCAAGUUCUACUGCAAUGAUCAUGAGGAAUUACUCUGCAGUGUUUGUGUUACCCUUGAACACCAAGCUACAUCCUGCAAAGUUGAUUAUAUACCUGAUAUAUCUGAUGAUAUAAUAGGCAGUAAAGAAUAUCAAGUUAUCUUGAAAGCGGUAGAUUCUACUUCUGACCAGUAUCAACAGAUUGUAGAAGAUUUCAAAAAGAUGACAAACAAAUCCAACACCUCUCUGAAAGAUGCAUUAGCAGACAUUUACAAAUUUCGGCAAGAAUUCAACCAAAAAUUAGAUGAACUGGAGAAGCAAACUAAAGAUGCAGCUAAAGUCAUAGAACAAGAAAAUAGCAAUCACAUGAAGGCAGUAGAAACAGCAUGUGAAGAUAUAAUCAAAUCUCUGAAGACAUCAGCAGACACUAUCAAACAACUCAACACAUCAAAACAAGCUGAUAAACUCUUCAUGGAACUUAAACUUGCAGAGAAAACAUUGAGAGACGUGGAGAGAAAAACACUGCAGCUUUCAUCAUGUGCUAUCAAAGAAAUCAAAUUUAAAGCAGUACAGGCAACAGCAGAUCUCCUUAAAACAGAGAAGUCUAUAGAUACCCAAAGAACUAUCAAUAUAAAAUCCCAAUCAGUACAAUUAAAGUGCAGACAAUUUUUACAUCAGGGGAAAAUCAGUGUGAAGACAUCAAAAGAUAAAACAACAUGCUGGAUUACAGGAAUGACUUUGCUAACUCCUGACCUUCUUGUCAUCACUGACCACUAUAACAAUGCUGUAAAGAUGGUGGAUGGAGGCAGUCAAUCCGUGUCUGAUCAACUACAACUAAGUUAUGAAAAAGAUGAUGCUCCGUGGAGUAUCACCGCAAUUACCAGUACUGAGCUUGCUGUCACCUUUCCUUAUAAACAAGCAAUACAGUUUAUAUCAAUCUCAUCAAACAAACUUAAAAGGAAGCACACUAUGAAGGUGAAUGGACACUGUUAUGGAAUAAGCUGUAACCAAGAUAAACUUGUUGUGACAUACCUUUGUCCUACAAAACUCCAGAUCCUUGAUAUGAAUGGCACUAUACUGGUAACAAUUGAUGGCAAAAAUAUUUUCCAAAAUCCAUGUUUUGUUACAAGUAAUAGAUGUUCUAUCUAUGUGUCUGACCGUUUGAUGCAAUCAUUAACAAGAUUAAACUGGCAGGGUGAUGUGCUUGAAAGCUAUGGUGAUAUGGGUGAGACAAGAGGCAUAUCACUGUCAGGUGAUGGCACUGUCUUUGUGUGUGACAGGAAGAGAAAUGUUAUAGAAGAAAUAUCAGGAGACUGCUCAACAGGGAAAAUUGUGUUGCAGGGUCUGAAUAGACCAUAUACUGUAUGUUGGUCUGAGGAAACAAAAAUGGUGUACUACAGCUGUGAAGUUGAAGAUGAAAAACAUGAUAACUUCCUUCACAGCUUUAAACUUUCAGAUACUUUAAACAUAUAAUAAAAAAUACCUUAAACUUGGAAAUUCAAUAUUCUGCAAAAAGAUACAAAAAAGGUUUACAACGAACACAGUGAGAUAAUGUAAAAUCAGACUAAACGUUUUUUUUUUAUUUCUUAAUGCAAACAUAUCAGAGAAAGAACAUUGCAAUUAGAAAUGUUGACAUAGAUACAAAUAAACAGACUUUCUAAGCAAAAUUAGAUAAUUUGACCUUGAAUAAGGGAAUAGCCAGCCUGGUUUUUAUGGCGAUUUUUAUGUGAUUUACAAACUUCGUAAGAUUUUGGGUCAUGAUAAUUUUUCUGCUGUUUUUACUAAAAUCAUUAAACGUUUUAUUAAAAGAGG